GCAAACCUUUGAACACUUCUGAACGGUUUGUUACCUCAACCAUCCUCCCUUCGACUCUGCCGACACGAUCGGAAUCGUCAAUGCCACUCAUCUGAUUGCACACUCACUCUUUGGCAAAAGCUGAAGGAAACCCUGCUUGAUCCCAUUGUCUACCGCGUCCUUUUCGGAGACGUAGAAGGAAUGUCGACCAUCGACAGAUAUCGCCCUCCAAGAGAAGGCUACCAGCCGCCUUCGCUCCCUCCGAAACCACCCCCAGUCGCCGUUGACCGCUCGUCAAGAUCGCCAACGAAACGUCGCGAAGUGCCCCCGGCUGUGCCUUCUCCACCAACACAUUCUUCGAGGACAUCCCCGCCUCAGCCACAGUCGCGCAGAAGCGCGCCCUCGCCCGCGCAAUCAAGCCCGCUGCGAUCAUCAGAAUCGAAGUCAAACCAGUGGUACUUCACCGCUGACGAGGUCGCAAGCACGCCUAGCAUAAUCGAAGGCCUGCCGCUAGCAGAGGAAAGACUGAGGAGGGCGAAGGGUGUCAACUUCAUCUACCAGGCGGGCAUCCUGCUUGAGCUGCCCCAAAUUACGUUAUGGGUCGCCGGUGUAUUCUUUCACCGGUUCUACAUGCGCUAUAGCAUGGUGGAGGAGAAGGGAGGGAUACAUCACUACAAUAUCGCCGCAACAGCGCUCUUCCUCGCCAACAAGACGGAAGAAAACUGCCGCAAGACAAAAGACGUGAUCAUUGCCGUCGCCAAGGUGGCCCAGAAGAACACAAAGCUCAUCAUCGACGAACAGAGCAAAGAAUACUGGAAGUGGCGUGAUAGCAUCCUAGCGUAUGAGGAGCUAAUGCUGGAGGCGCUUACGUUCGACCUGAUGGUGGACAGCCCAUACCGGCAGAUGUACGAGUGCAUGACGCAGCUCGAGCUAGUGCACAACAAGGCGCUGCGCGACUCGAUGUGGGCCUUCUGCAACGACGCAUGCCUGACGGUGCUGCCGCUCAUGCUCGGCGCCCGCGACAUGGCCAUCGCCGCCAUCUUCUUCGCCACGUGCGUCACGCGCGAGAAGAUCGACGACGUAAACGGCGAGCCGUGGUGGCGCUUCCUCAGGGGCAGCGAGACAAACACCGUGCGCGCCGUCCGCCUCAUGACCGAGUUCUAUAAGGAGAACCCGCUCCGCAAGCAAGACACCAAGGUCCCCGGCUCGCCCGAGUUCAACCUCGAAAGCACUCGACGCCGUGGCGAGCUCAGUCUGAGCCAGAUGGACCUCGAUUCGAGCCAGUACGGCACGCCGACGCCGCUGGGGACGGACCGCGGCGGGACCCAGAGCCCGAGAGCAGCAGCAGGUGCAAGGAUAAAUGGCAAGGCGGAACGGGAGAGCGGCGACAACACCAAGGAUGUCGCGAUUAAGAAGGAGGAAUACGACGCGCCGCCACCACCGCCGACGGGUGCGGACCUGGCCGCCCAGGCGAGCAGGGGCGACUCGGAUGCAGCGCUGAAGCUGGCGGCUAACGACCUGUCCACGCACGAAGGAAGCUUCAGCAGUACACUCAACGGGGAUUGUCGCGGGGGAGGCCUCGUCUCGCCGCAGAUCAAGAGGAGUGUGGAGCCGGGAGAAACGGAGGAGAGGGAGUUGAAGAGGCCACGGCUGGACGACGAAGAUGAGGGGGAGAUCAAGGGAUCUUGAUCUGGGGAACUCGCUUUCCUGUUUUACGGCAUCGUCAUCAUUUCUCCUUUCGGAUCCGGUCGGGUGUGGUUACUUCUAUGGAUUGGCGUAGAGGGGGUUAGUAAAGGGACCAGGUUUACGGGGUGGC